AGGAGCCGGCAUAGCCAUCGAAGCCGCAAGGAAGAGAGAAAGGACGGCAACGGAGACCUUCAUUUUGAACGAGUCUGGUGUCAAAGAAUCUACCAAACGGCUUGUUAGCGCACCCCAUCCAAGAGACGGCGAAUAUUAGGGAAAUGCCAUACGUUUUGGUAUGCAGAGAUCGGAGUCGAUAUGGGACACAAGAGUUUCAGGGAGCUGGACGAUUAGGCCUUUGGGAGGGAUUUGGGUGUGCUUUCCGCUCAUAUACUCCGUGAUUGUUGUCUCAUCCCUUCAUUCCUUGUUUAUGUCUCGCGUCGUUUGUUGGUAUGCGGGACCGGGAGUAUUUUGGGUUGACGGGGAGGCGUCUUUUGGGGCUCUUUUACUGCUGUGAGUUUUUCUUUAUCUUGAAAUUUAUUGUUUGGAGGUUUGUGAUUGUUUUAGGAUGUGAGUUGAGUGUUGUAUAUAACUAUAUAUACUGAUCAUGGAGUUCGACAUGUCGACAUUUAGUAGGAAAGCUGUAGUGGGCUCAUUGGAAAUAUAGGAAAUCCAGGUUCCAGAGCAAUCCACUCCAAGGAAUGUCG